AUGACUAUUAGUAAAAUGUUGUAUAAUGUAGUCCUUUCUAUUGAAGAUAUUGAAAGUAGAACACCUCAAACAUUUAUAUCCAAGUUGAAGAAUAGUUCAUAUGGGUUACGGAUUAUAGUAGCUGGGUUUUUAGCAAAUUUCAUGGUUUUUGGGAUAGGGUUUUCAUUUGGUGUUUUCCAAGAAUAUUAUACAUCAUCAAAUGGUCCUUUAUCAAACUAUAGCGAUUCAGAAGUUGCUAUGAUUGGUACUCUUUGCAGUGCGUUGACCUAUCUUGGUGGUAUUUUCAACAAGACUUUGAUGUUUUACUUGAGUCCUAGAAAAGUUAUGUUUAUUGGUUCAUUUUUCAUGGGUGUUGGUUUAAUUAGCGCAAGUUUUUGCACUUCAAUGUAUCAGUUCAUUUUAACUCAGGGUCUUAUAUCUGGGGCUGGGUCUAGUUUAAUUUUCAUGCCACCUGUUGUUUGUGCUCCUAUGUUUUUCAAUAAGAAUAGAGCUAUUGCUAUGGGGGUUUUAUUUAGUGGUACAGGGUUUGGUGGGUUUGGUAUUGCAAAUUUGUCAAGUUUUUUGAUUAAUAAGGUUGGUUGGAAAUGGUGUUUAAGAAUCCUGGGGUUUAUUGUCUUGGGAAGUGGUGUUGUUUCAGGGAUGUUGGUGAAGAUACCAAAACAAGUUAAUGAACAAUUUCAAUUCAAUAGUAAAAAGAUUCUUAGUAUUUCUCAAUUAAGAUCUUGGAAAGUGUGGCUGCAAUUAUCAGCUUCUUUAUUACAAUCAGCUGGAUACUUGAUCCCAUUGAUAUAUAUGUCAAAAUAUGGAAGAACGUUGGGAUUUUCAGAUAAUCAAGGUGCAAUGUUCAUUGGUGUUAAUAAUGCUAUCAAUGCAGUAUUCAAGAUCGUUUUGGGAUUUGUUGCUGAUAGAAUAGGAAGGUUGAACAUGAUUAUUAUUUGCAGUGUAUUAAGUUCAAUCACUGUGUUCACACUAUGGAUGGUUUCUUCAAGGGAUACUUUUAUUUCAUUUGUUGUUUUGUAUGGAGUGUUUUCUGGUGCAAUCAUCUCACUUUUACCAACUUGUCUCGUGGAGUUAUUUGGAGCUGCUCGUUAUCAAUCAUUAAGUGGACUUAUGUAUUUCAGCAGAGGUAUCGGUACACUACUAGGCUCGCCAUUAGCUGGGCUGAUGAUCACAAAUGGAGGUCGCUUGAGUCGAGAUUACAAGAAUUCGAUUAUAUACGAUGGUGUCUUGCUUCUUGCCAGCACAGUCUGUCUUGUUGGUCUAAGAACAAGAGCCACAUUAGAUAGAGGCUGGAAAUCUUCAAUUAAAAUGUGA